AUGACUGCUCCGACACAAAUUGCUUACCGAACCCUGAAGGGUAUCGGCAUCAUGGAUGCCGCUCCGGUCUACGAGCCGUUGCCUGGAUUCAACAAACCUGAAGGAAAUCUGCGUUGCGGUGCUUACUCGCCAUGCGGCCGCUACUAUGCAUGGGCCUCGCCUGACAAGUACGAAGAUUAUUUUCGUCCCCGUGCCAUGGUGACCAUCGUGGAUGCCUCCGUUGGCCAUGUGAUUUCGACUAUUCCCGCUGACAACGUCUUUGAGCUGGGCUUUUCUCCCCUCGGUUCCUACCUCAUUACCUGGCAACGCCCCACCAAGGACGCCAAUGGAGAUGCUACCAAGAACCUCAAGGUGUGGCCCGUGAUUGAGGCUGGUGACGAGCACACAAUUGUUGGCCAAUUCGUUCAGAAGUCGCAGACUGGCUGGAAUUUGCAGUACACUCCCGAUGAGAAGCUGUGUGCUCGCGUCGUGACAAACGAGGUUCAGUUCUACCAGAGUGACAACCUUUCUACCGUGUGGAACAAACUCCGUGUGGAGGGGGUGGCGGACUUUAUGCUUUCGCCCGGUCAGACCCAGUCUAUUGCGGUCUUCAUUCCCGAGCGCAAGGGUCAGCCUGCUGCCGUCAAGGUGUUUAUCGUGCCGCAAUUCGGUGCUCCUGUCUCGCAGAAGAGCUUCUUCAAGGGCGACAAGGUUCAGUUGAAGUGGAACUCGUCCGGUACUACUUUGAUUGUCCUUGCCCAGACCGAGGUGGACAAGACUGGUAAGAGCUACUACGGUGAAACCACACUGUACUUGCUGAGCGCCAGUGGGGCUUUUGAUUCUCGAAUUGAUCUCGACAAGGAGGGUCCUAUUCACGAUGUGAGCUGGAACCCCAACUCCAAGGAAUUCGGUGUUGUGUACGGUUACAUGCCCGCCAAGACCACCAUCUUCAAUGUCCGUGGCAAGCCGACGCACACGUUCCCCUUGAGCCCGCGUAACACCAUUCUGUUCUCCCCGCACGGACGCUUUGUUCUGGUUGCUGGGUUCGGCAACCUCGCGGGUCAGAUGGAUCUCUACGACAUGGAGAAGAAUUUCCACAAAAUCGCCACCGUCGAAGCCUCCAAUGCCAGUGUGUGCAACUGGUCCCCUGAUGGGCAGUAUAUCUUGACGGCGACCACCAGCCCUCGCCUGCGUGUGGACAACGGCAUCCGGAUCUGGCACGUGAGUGGCUCCCUGGUGUACAAUGAGGAGAUGACCGAACUCUAUGAUGUCUUUUGGCGCCCGCAAGACUUGGCUCAAUAUCCUCUCGGUGAUCCUUUCACCAAGUUGCCCGUGCCUCAUCCUUCUGCCACCGCAUACCUGGCCACCCGCAAAGCUCCCGUUAAGCCGGCUGGUGCCUACCGGCCUCCCGGUGCGCGCGGCCAGCUGACUCCUCUUGCGUUCAAGCGUGAGGAUCAAGGCGGUGCUGCGUACAUUCGUGAGGGCACGGCUGGUGCCGGUACAGCCGGUGUCAACGGCUUUGGCAAGCCUCGUCGUCGUGAGAUUCCCGGUGCCGAGCCUGUCGAGGAAUACCUGCCUCCAGGUGCCGCGCCUGGGGGUGGCGUUGCCCUCCCUCCGGGCGCCGACAAUGAGAGACUGUCCAAGUCUGCUGCUAAGAACAAGAAAAAGCGUGAGGCGGCUAAGAAGGCUCGUGAAGAUGGUCCCGAUACCGCGGUCCCCGCCAAUGCCCCCACCGGUCCCAACGCCAAUCGCGGCCGUGGCAAGAACAAUGGUUCCCCUGUGAACAACACCAACAAGGCUUCUCCGGCCCCUGCUGCCGCUCCAGCUCCCGCUACUGCCCCGGCUGCGGCUCCGGCCGCUGCCGCUGUGGAUCCCUCUGCUCAGGACAAGAAGAUUCGCGGUCUUUUGAAGAAGAUCCGUGCCAUUGACGAGCUGAAGAUGCGCCUGGCUGGUGGAGAGAAGCUGGAGGACACUCAGAUGAAGAAGAUCCAGACUGAGGAUGCAGUUCGCAAGGAGCUCGAGGCCGUCGGCUACAACGGUUGA